GAGGGACGUACUGAGAUGUAGUCAUGACAGCCUUCUCCUCAGUAGCAUAGAUGAACUCAGGUCCAACUCAGAUGGAGAUUCUUCUUCAGGCCUGGAGAUGGAGUCCAUUGUGGUCUCAGGGUCAGUAACGGAGAGCAAGGGGGGGCAGAGUGAUGGUUUGAGCAGGGCGUGGCAGAGUGGUAGUGCCAAGCCAGUGGGAGAUGCAGGGAGGUCUAUGGAGACAUUCAGUAUGCUCUCAUGUGCUGCUACACUUCUGAAAGCCCAAGAAAUCAGGAAACAGUGCAGGCAAAAACAAACGAUAACCGCAAACGGUCCAGGUGCAUGUGAGAAUCAAGCUUUCUUGUUGCAAACUGUAGCAGCUAGACCCACUCACUCUGAUGUGGUGCCCUUGGAUAAAGGUUCACAUGAUGAACACGCCAAAAACCAGCCCUGUUCAAAAGAAGGAAUUAGUUUCCUUGAGUGCGCUGCUGAAUUGGCUACAGAUAUAUGCAGCUCCACUCAACAUGUUACAAGCGCUGAGCAUUGUCCAACAAUAAUAGAUAACACCAUUGAAGAUUUCAUUAUUCCAGAAAUUACCGGUCCAAACUUUUCAAAAACACCCCCCGAAGUUGUCCUAGAGCAGGAAUUAACGGCAUCAUGUUGCAGCCUAUUGCAGGCUGCGGAAGAAACUUCAGAUUGCCAGUCAAACUACGUGGUACGGAGCAUGUCAUCCUCUUUGAGACAUCCGUCCGAUCACUUCCUCAAAACCAGAGAGGAAGUUUACGUCCAUUCCCAGAUAUCCAUGGAGGAUUCUGACGACGGGAUCCAGUCUCCCUUGGCUACUCCGUAUUGUCCUCCUCUGCUGGGGGUGGAAUUCGGUUGGAAGGAACCUACAGCAGAAAAAGACAUGCCCUCAAACCACUCGGAGCAGCCAUCCCCUGAGCUCACACACAGCUCGUUUUCCCACAACAGCUCCUACAUCAGCACCCCGGUGAGCGAAUCUGGUCAGCUAACAGAGAGAGCCUGGGCUGGGUCCCCUUUCGCCGGGGAUCUCAUGGAGGAGGUUUGUGAUGAAGAGGAUGGGGGGGAUUUCAAUUCAGGGCCUCCUGUCCCUUCCUUUCGGACCGAAGGACAGGGGAAGGAGAGAGAAGGGGGAGGUUACCUUCAAAUGCCAUGCACGGGGCUCACAAAGGACCUUAUGGGGGGAGAGUGUACUGCUCAGCUUCUUGCUGUGCAGACAAUGGAGUCUACAUGGGGGGUGACUUCUCAAAGCAGAGAGGAUUCCUCAUCCAAAGAGCCGACAACGCUCCAUGGUUUCGAUGGAUCCCAAGAUCAGGAAAUCGGAGACAGUUCAAGUUACUCACAAAGUCAAAGGCACAUGGAUGGGACAGCGCAGGCCUUCGCCCUACCGCCGCCCUGCGGGAACAUUCUGUACCAGUGGACGAGAGACGCAAGCUCCACUGAGUGUCAAGCCAAACAUGGCUACAACUACCACCACACCGACCAGAGAGUUGAUAGCCAGGGCGACAGGCAUGGCGACCCUGACAGCAGUGUCGACUGGCUGCAGGAUACCUCAGACAGUCUGGUGGAGUGGGGAGGUGAACCCAGCGUUUUUAUAUCCUCUGAACAAGGAGAUUAUGCUGCAUCCAUUCAGAACACCGGGCAGGAAUGCUACAAUCAAGAUGAUGAGGUGGAAGGCCAAGAUGGGUCUCAUCACAGGGGGAAGCUAGAAGGUCAGCCCAUCGACGGGUCACUGGACCACAGCGAGGGGUCUCUCACUACAGACGACGCCGUGGAAAGCGACAGUACUCCCAAGCUCAACACCGCGGCGGGCGCCCAGGAACCCAUCCCGGAAUACAGUGCGGCGGAGGAGCGCCGGGACAGCCUGCUGUGGAGGAGCGUGGCGAUCGGAGACCAGGAGCAUCGCGUGGACAUGAAGUGCAUCGAGCCAUACAGGAGGGUCGUCUCCCAUGGAGGUUACUAUGGUGACCAGAACGCCAUCAUUGUCUUUGCAGCGUGCUUCCUACCAGAUAGUAACUGUGAAAACUACAACUAUGUCAUGGAAAAUCUUUUCCUGUAUGUCAUUGGUACUUUGGAGCUGAUGGUGGCGGAGGACUAUAUGGUUGUUUAUCUAAACGGAGCCACACCGCGCCGGAGAAUGCCUGGCUUCAGCUGGAUGAAGAAGUGCUACCAGAUGAUAGACAGGAGGCUGAAGAAGAACCUGAAGCAGUUCAUAAUUGUGCAUCCUUCCUGGUUCAUACGGACUGUACUGGGUCUGACCCGACCCUUCAUAAGCUACAAGUUCAGCAGUAAGAUCAAAUAUGUGCACAGUCUGGCAGAGCUGUGGGCGAUGGUUCCCAUGGAGUAUGUGCAGAUUCCUGCGAGUAUUGUCAGGUACGAAGAGGAGAGGGGUAUACACACAUUUGCAUGCAUGAGACUGGAUAAAGAACUACAGCGAUCAGCAGACAAAGACAAGAAGAAGGGUAACUCUGCGGUGUGACGGGAGUCACCUGUGGAUUCAUCUUGAUGCAAGGCCAAUGCUACUCUAUUGAGUAUGUUGCAUGCCACGCCCUUUACAGUUCAUGGCUAUGGAGUGCAUAUGGUUGAACGUCUCCGCUGUAUAGCAGGUUAAUGAAUGUGCAGAGAAUGUGAUGCAUAAUCAUACUCCAAACACUGUGCUGUUGCUAUGGAAGGAAUUCUGGCAUCAUUCAGAACGGAGAGAAAAUGAAAAAGAAUGUGGUUUCACACUGUAUUUGCAAAAACAUUUGUGCGAUGAAUGUGCCUAAAUGUUAUUUUAGUAUCUUCCCCUGGAUUUCGUUUGGCAUUUGUUAUUUUACCUAUGUGGUGUCAAGAUCAAUAACCAACUAUCCAGAGAUGUAUUUUUUAAUUAAAUGGAAUAGACUAGGGCUACCUAUACCAUGUCAAAAUAGAGCUGUUCAUUGAGCCCUGCCCAUUGUAUUCAUUAUUGUGGGCUGUGCUGUCUUGAUUAUGUUGUCUAUUCAUUUAGUUCAGGUUUUAUGGCCAUUUCCCUGUUUGAUAUGAUCAGGACAGCUAUAUAUUUGGACUCCACUGUCAUGCAUGAAUUGCUGUCAAGGUGUCGUCGGCUCCUGGUUGGGAAACAUCUGUCUAUUUGCUUUCUUUGGUUUAUUCUGUUCCUUCGUCCCAGUAAUAAAGAACCACAUAAAGCUUUCAAGAAAACAAACCGAAGUAUGUUGUCUUUCUUGCCCUGCCUGCAAAUAAAUGACUCAAUGCCCCAGUUAACUACAGUUAUAUUCCAUUAUACAAGACGUUCAAAGGGGGGUGUCCUUAGGAGCUACGUCUAUGGUCUUACCUGUCAGCACCUUUUGCGAUGAGACACUCCCACUUUGUGUGAUUCCACUUUCUCCGCGCUCCUUGUACAAUCUAUUUCUUCAGGGCAGUCUGUCCCUUUUA